AGGGCGACGCAGCCCGGUCUAGUUCAGGGUCUAGGGCGGCGCGUCACUUCCGGUAGCGCGGAUCUUGUAAAACACCCUGGAGAGAAAAUGGCGGCGGCGACGGCGGCGGCGGCGGCAGCAGCAGCAGCAGCAGCAGCAGCGGCUUCGGCGCCUCAGCAGCUCUCGGAUGAGGAGCUUUUCUCUCAGCUCCGCCGUUACGGCCUGUCUCCUGGUCCCGUGACGGAGAGCACCCGCCCCGUGUACCUCAAGAAGCUGAAGAAGCUUCGAGAGGAAGAGCAGCAGCAGUACCGGUCGGGGGGCCGCGGCAGCAAGACGCGGAACAGUAAUAACAAUAACACGGCAGCCGCCACGGUCGCGGCCGCGGGACCCGGGGUCCGGCCGGUGCCGGGCGGCGAUCUCUCCUACUUGAGGACCCCUGGAGGUGUGGGCCGAAUCUCGGCUUCAGGCCCGGAGAGCCCCCUGGGAGGAGGGCCCGGGGGCGCGUCGGCCAGCCCCGCGGUGGGCAGCAAAGUGCUGCUGGGCUUCAGCUCGGACGAGUCGGACGUGGAGGCCAGUCCCCGGGACCAGGCCGGCGGCGGGAGGAGAGACAGGGCUGCGCUCCAGUACCGCGGGCUCCGAGCGUCCCCGGCGCCCCUGGCCGCCAGCGAGCUGACCCCCAGCCACCCGGCCGAGCGCAGGAAGCCCCACGCGUGGUGGGGGUCCCGGAGGGCGGCGGGCCCCGAGCCGCAGAGCCCGGCGGGCAGAGAUGGGGCCGCGGGGGACGAGGACGAACAGCAGCAGGGAGAGCACGGGGAGGAGAGGGAGCCGGAGGCCGAGGAGACGCUGUGGGCGAGCCGCCCCGUGAACGGGAACCGGCUGCUCCCUUACAGCUGCCGGGAAAACUAUUCGGAUUCGGAGGAGGAGGAGGAUGAGGAAGAGGAGGAGGACGACGAUGACGACGACGUGGUGGCCUCGGCCAGACAGGUAUUGAAGGACGACUCCCUGUCCCGCCAUCGGCCCAGACGGAGCCACGGCAAGGCGCUCUCUUCGCUGACUGCUAAAGCGGCCGGCAGCCGGCUGGAGACUUCGGCCCUGGGAGGGGGAGGACUGGCGAUGAAUGACAGGGCGGCGGCCGCCGGCGGAGGUCUAGACAGGAGCAGAAACCUCCCAGAGGCGGCGGCGGAGCCGGGAGGAGGGUGUGAUCCGGUGGAUUCCAGCCCCGUUCCCCGGUACCGAGUGAACGCCAAGAAGCUGGCCCCUCUCCUGCCCCCGCCACGGACCGACACGGACCCAACCUUGGAUUCGUGCACAGGCUCCCUGCUGAAAAGCAACAAUCAUGUCGGCGGCGGGGCCUUCGGCGUGGACUCUCCAAAGGUUUAUUCCAACAGCCUUCCCCCCAGCUCGGCCUCUAGUCCACUCAGGAUCAACCACGCCAAUCACACGGGCUCCAGUCACACCUACCUGAAAAACGCGUACAGCAGACCGAAGCCUGCGGAACCCGAAGAGGAGCUUCUGCAGCAGUUUAAGCGGGAGGAGGUGUCCCCCACAGGGAGUUUCAGUGCCCACUACUUGUCCAUGUUCCUCCUAACUGCUGCCUGCUUAUUUUUCCUAGUGUUGGGACUGACUUACCUAGGGAUGAGAGGGACAGGAGUAUCCGAGGAUGGAGGACUCGGCAUAAAACACCCCUUUGGUGAAACAUUUGGAGAAAUAGAAGAAAGUGAAAGAAAUCUUAUUAUGAGCUCAUUAUACAAGCUUCAUGAUCGAUUGGCACAGCUUGCAGGUGAUCAUGAAUGUGGCAGUUCUAGUCAAAGAACACUUUCUGUCCAAGAGGCAGCUGCAUAUUUAAAAGAUUUAGGUCCUGAAUAUGAAGAUAUAUUUAAUACUUCAUUGCAGUGGAUUUUAGAAAAUGGGAAAGAUGUUGGAAUAAGGUGUGUUGGUUAUGGCCCCAAGGAAGAAUUGACAAAUAUAACUGAUGUGCAGUUUUUACAGUCCACAAGACCACAGAUGUCAUUCUGGUGUCGUUUUCGACGUGCUUUUAUUACUGUCACUCACAGAUUAUUGUUGUUAUGCUUUGGUGUAGCAAUGGUUUGUGUUGUUCUGCGUUACAUGAAAUAUCGCUGGACAAAAGAAGAGGAGGAAGCAAGGCAGAUGUAUGAUAUGGUGGUCAAGAUUAUAGAUGUUCUACGAAGUCAUAAUGAAGCUUGCCAGGAAAAUAAAGAUUUACAACCUUACAUGCCUAUUCCACACGUUCAAGAUUCUUUAAUACAACCUCAUGACAGGAAAAAAAUGAAGAAAGUCUGGGACAGAGCUGUUGACUUCCUUGCUGCUAACGAGUCUCGAGUUCGAACCGAAACGCGGAGGAUAGGCGGUGCGGAUUAUCUGGUUUGGCGGUGGAUUCAGCCUUCUGCAUCCUGUGAGAAAAUAUUAGUAAUUCCCUCUAAAGUAUGGCAAGGUCAAGCAUUUCAUUUAGAUAGAAGAAAUUCACCACCAAAUAGUUUGACACCGUGUUUAAAGAUUCGAAAUAUGUUUGAUCCAGUUAUGGAAAUAGGGGAUCAGUGGCAUCUGGCAAUUCAAGAAGCAAUUUUAGAAAAAUGCAGUGAUAAUGAUGGCAUUGUUCACAUUGCAGUUGACAAAAAUUCCCGUGAGGGUUGUGUAUACGUUAAAUGUCUGUCUCCAGAAUAUGCUGGGAAGGCUUUUAAAGCGUUACACGGCUCUUGGUUUGAUGGGAAGUUGGUUACAGUAAAAUAUUUGCGACUAGAUAGAUACCACCACCGCUUUCCCCAAGCUCUUACUUGCAACACUCCCUUGAAGCCAUCAAAUAAACAUAUGAACUCUAUGUCUCAUCUUCGUCUUCGCAGUGGCCUAGCUAGUUCUCAAGGAGGUUCCUGAAAAGACUGUUAUUUACAAUAAGAACCCUGUUUCACUUCCCAUCGCCCUUUUUAAAUGCUUUUUUGUAUGUAAAAAUUUUAUUGAUGAAUGAACACAGCUCUGUUGGAAUGUUCCAGAAUUCUUGAGGCUUCAAAGGGACUUAGCAGUGAGGCAGCAAUACUGAGUAGGAAGAAUAAUUGUUUUAUUCGGUUUUUGGAGCUCAGUUAAGCCAGUGCAUUUAAAAGUUUUGCAUGAGGAGCAUUGAUUUUAUUCAGCAAUUCAGAUGUAUGGUGGUUAUAUUUUUGCACCUGAAGUAUUUGGAUAACCACGCAAAAGCAUGGAGAAGAAGCUAUUUGUAUUUCUGUAAUUUCUAGUGAAGUAAUGUUGUGAAUUUUUGUAUACAGUCACCUGCAUAGUCCUUUACAGCCUAAUGUUGUAAAACCGCUAAUUUCUCAGUUUAACCUUAGGUUUCUGUUGCUUGUAAGAGACUCAUUUGCUGCAGUUGGAAUAUGGAAAAAUUAAUUUGGGUUAAUGGUUACAUAUAUGUGUAAGUGGAUGUACAUGUAUUAGACUGGCUUUUGUAUAUAUGUGUAAAUGCUGGUGGAAGCAAAAAUAGUCUUGUUUUUUGAGGAUGUCUGCAUUAAAGCAGUAAAAUAAGCUCUAUUUUAUUCAUAAUCUAAUGUAUGUAUAUAUGUAUGUGUAUAUUGUGUGUGUGUGUUUACACACGCAUACAUACAUGUGGCUGUACUACUAUAUAGAUAAAGCAGCCAAACACCUGCAAGUAUUAGAAACAAGUUUAAAAUAUCUUUUAUAGGUUUUAUAUGCAAAUAUCUCUGAGUAUGAUUUUGUGUGAUAGUUCUGAAACCAGUUGUAAUUGAUUCAAAUUUAUGUGAGCAAUAAAGAAGCAAUUGGCAGAUGUUGGAAAAAUAUUUUGUGGAAAAACUAUUUAUUAUAUAUACUAGGGCUGUGGCAUAGUACUGUCGGGAUUAAAUCAUUUUCCCAGUGUAUUUAUAAUUUAAUGAAAUAUUAGCUCUUUGGUUUAUGUCAAGUUGAAAACAUGGCACAUUGUUGCAGCAGAUUGUGUUAGGCAAAUUAUAGUUGGAAUUUUGGGUCAAGGAAGUUUGCAAAAUGGUUAAUGCACGAAUGACCUUUGUGCCUCAUUGUUUUAAUUUAGUUUCUGUAAAAUUCCUUUAUUACUGUUUAUGAUUUCAGAUUAGAAUAGUUGCUAAAUAAAAUUUACUUGUAAUCUAACCAUUGGCCUUUAAAAAAAUAUAAACAACCUGUUGGUAUGUCAUCGUCAGUCCAUUUGAGUAUGCAAAACAGCUGGAAUUGUACCAACUUUGAUUUUAUUUAAAGCUCAGUUUCCUUUUUGUUCUGUCAUAUAUGUGUUGAGUUUGCAGCAUGAACUUGCACAGAUAAUGCACGUUUUCUGGUUAAGUAAACAUGAUGCACACUAUUCUGUAACAGAAAACCCUAUUGUGCCUUACCUGUGUGCUUUUGUGGGCACCAUGUUUAUGAAGAAUAAAACAUUUGUUAUCUGAAGAGAAUAAAUUUUAAAUUCUCAGUGUAUGUCUCAGAUGCUAAUGUGUGAAAUAUAAAUAUAUAUAAUAUAUAAAGUAGCCAAUCUUUCUGUAUUUUACGUGCAUCAUAGUGAUUUAUCUGAACUUAGUGACCCCAUCUUGUAAUCUGUUGCAAGAGUGAAUGUAAAAUGUAAUUGUGGCAUUUUUAAAAGGUCACUUUUUGAUGCAGAUGCAUUGUUUUCUUGCUUCUAAAACAUAUUUCAUGUAAACAUUGUACA